AUGGCCUCUUCAGCACCCAAGGUAGCGCCUCCCGAGCGACGCGAUGCACCAGAGGUUAUCGACCAACAGGCGGACGAGCUUGUCGCUCUCAUCAAGAAGAGCAAGCACUUUAUCGUGUUCACGGGUGCAGGUGUCUCGACUUCAGCUGGUAUCCCCGACUUUCGUGGACCCGAAGGCGCAUGGACUUUGAGGGCUCAAGGGAGAUCACGUACAGGCAAGGCAACUAGCACUUUGCAAGCUAUCCCCACGCCGACUCAUAUGGCUUUGGUGGAGCUUCAGCGGCAAGGAGUCAUGAAGUACCUCGUCAGUCAGAAUUGCGAUGGUUUGCAUCGAAGGAGUGGAAUUACAAGAGAUGGCAUAUCUGAGUUACAUGGCAACAGCAACCGCGAAUGCUGUAAAGAUUGCGGGAAAGAGUUCAUACGAGACUUCCGAGCUGUUGCAACCUACGAAAAGACAGUACACGAUCACCGAACAGGUAGGAAGUGCACGCAGUGUGGAGGCAAUCUUCACGACACCAUCAUCAACUUUGGCGAAUUCCUCCCAGAAGAGCCUCUCAAGCUCGCCAGGAGCCAUGCCAAGAAAGCUGAUCUGUGUCUUGUUCUUGGUUCAUCGCUAAGCGUACCUCCCGCCAGCGGCAUUCCCGAAACAGUAGGCAAAAGCAAGAAAGGAAAGAUGAUUAUCUGCAAUCUGCAAGAUACCUUCAUGGAGAACCUCGCAUCCAUGCACAUUUGGUCCGAGUCCGACUUGCUCAUGACAAAGGUCAUGGAUAGAUUUGGCUAUAACAUUCCAACCUUCAUUCUCAAGCGGAGACUUGUCAUCAAGAUGGAACAGGAUACAUACGGGCGACAGUUAAUUGUUUUGACCGGUGUCGACAACGAUGGUAUACCAGUAUCAUAUCUGAUGUCUGUUAAACUCGAGAACAGCAGACGAGUCAUAAGAGCGGAGCCAUUCUCGUUUACCUUUCGAGAGACGCUGGAGGUUGGAGCUAAGCUCGAUUUUGUACUUGAGUUUAUGGGUCAUUAUAAUGAGCCAAAUGUUGUUGUUGGCUUCGAAGUUUCAGGAGAAGAUGGCGAGGAGAUGGUGUUUGACUUGCAUUAUGAUCCAGGUACGGGAGAGUGGAUUACCAUGCGCUCGUAA